ACAAGAGAGAUUUACGGGGAACCUUAUCAGCGAACCUCGCCUUGCCGACCACGACUUCAACCACCACCAACGCCUGGUUUCUCGCCUCCUUCCAACGACGAGAAAUCCCCUGUGCAUCGAUCCACGAGCUCAAACCACGGACGACUCUCACAGCAAUCCCUGCCUAAAUCGAACAACAGAACAGAAACCCAAUGCCAUCCGUCGCCGAGGAGCAUCCACGGCUGAUGGCGAUGGCGUCCGGCAGGAAGCGUAGACGAGACGUCAACGACGCCAACAUCAACGACCUGCAGUUGCCAGCCCCUCUGCCCAUUCAACAGCAGAUUCAACAGCAGCAACAACAGCAGCAUCUGGGAGGCAAUGCCCUUCGCUUCCCUUCCAGUAAUAAUGACCGGUUGAGAUAUCAGUUUGGCUUCUCCGACGAUAUCGCUGCCUCCGUCGAACCCUCACGCCAGAACAUCGACUCGGCGCCUCGUAAAAUAGCGCCACUCCCUGUACCCAAACGACAACGCAUGUUCGACGACGAUAACGACAAUGAUGCGGAUCUUGGUAGCUUGAAUGGUGGUUCUACGUCACAGUAUGACCCGCAGCAAAGACGGGGUAGCAAGUCGUCGACGGGAUCUCAUCAUACCUCUCAUUCGGCACAGAACCGUGCGGAUGCAGCUGGUAACAGAACUAAGACGCCCUCAUCCUUGGCUCCCUGUCACAUCUGCCACCGCCGCCCUACGAAGAAAUCAGACCUCGAUUCGUUCGCAGAUUGCCAGGGCUGUGGACAGCGGUCAUGCUAUAUUUGUGUCAGAGAGUGCCAGGGCUGGGAGAAGGAUGGACGGCCAAGCAGCAACGGCGGCAUGAACAGUACGCAACUAGGCCAAGAGCAAGACGGAGUCGACCUCUCACGGUCGUGUACUAUGGACGACGUGGAUGACGACAGGCAACGACAAUCAAGAGAAGACGAAGAGUCAAAGAGGACUGGCCGAGCCACUCGGCACAACAGCUGGACGGGAGGCUGUCAUCGGCAGAUGGUCUGCAGUCGUUGCUGUAUCGAGAAGGGCGCUGAGGGCGACAUCGUUUGCCUGGGGUGCCUAUCACGCAUGGAGUCAGUCUAGCGUGAUUGUUACGCCCUGUGGAAGGGCUUUUCUUUUCGUUCUCUUGUUUUCAAAUCAUAGCGUUCAAGGAGGUUCUUUUUCAACAGUCACAACGCCCACGAAAGAUCGUGGAGCGUACGGCACUGCUAAUGAAGGCAUGUAUAUCCUUUGGUAAUGGAGCAAUCUGGGAAAUGCUGAGGCAGCAUGGGACGCUGUUUUUUUCACAUCGGAGGAAAAUAUCAC